GCAGGGUGGAAGCUGAAGGGGAAUCCAGCCCGCUUUCUCACACUCUUGCAGUUUCCCUGGCCCUUCCUAGAACGAAAACGGUGGUCCCUGGGGCCGGAUAUCAGAGGAGAUCCCAGACUAAGGGGCUGGGGCUGGAGUGGUGCUUUGGCAUUCAGGGUCUUGAAUUCGUGAGGGCAGGUAUUAGGAUUCUUGUCCCGUGUGCCGGUCCAUCUACCAAGCCAGACUCCUGCGAUUUUGCGUCUGUCAUUCCCCUUGUCUUUCAGUAAGGCGUUAUGCCUUUUGUAACAAAGGAGUAAUCUGCCUCAAAUCCCUGCAGGUCAGUGGAAAGCUAGAAUUGCCCGCGGCCCCCGGAAGGGUGUGGUUGGCUGAGAUCCUUGCCUUAAUUUGGACCCAUUACUAACCCAGCAAACUCUUUGGCACUUUUUGCAGGAAAAAGAACGUAACCAUGCCUACAGAAACACUGGUUGUGAUGGGGGAUGGGUAGGGUGCGUUGAAGAGAGGAGCAGAAGAGAUUGUUUGGUUUGGUCUGCUUUCUUUCCUCGGGUUUUCCUUAGGCCCUCGCUCCACUCUCUCUUCCAAUGGUUAGAAAGGGGUGUGUUUUGCUGAGAAAAUGGCUGACUGCUGCGCGGGAGGUGGGUGUAAGGACGGGGAGAGGGGCUCGUGAACGCUGUGUAGCGAAUGGGCUGGUGUCGGGGGGUAGGGUGAGAGACAAAAAGGUAAAAUCCAUUUGACAGGACCCUAAAUUAGGAAAAGGUAGUAUUGGGACUCUCCGAAGUUCUGUUCGCUGAGCCGUCUCAGCUGUGUCACUUGUGUCUGUACAUCUCAUGCCUGAAGGCCAAUCCAGCCCUAGGAGUAGAAAGAAGAAAAUUGUCCAAAAAGAAGUAGAUCAGAGUGAGAGUGAUGGCUCGGUUUGGGGACCCUUGGGAUGGAGGAGGAUGACCUCAGAAAAUUCCAGUUGGUCCACGUACCUUUUCCUCCUCCCCCCUCCUUCCUUCCUUCAAAGCUUCCUCUCUACCAUUUCUGAGCUUGCACAAAGAAAAUACUUUUCAGGUAAUAGACAGGGAGGGGGUGGGUGUCAAGAGAGUUCUGGAGUGGGGGUGGAGAGGGCAUUCCUCUAUUACUGUUUGGGGUACAGUGUCCUUGGUGUUGGUCUGUCCAACUUGUUAGUUCUUAGCUUUAGCAUGGGCAGAAACCAAGAUAAGGGAGGAAGGAAACUGUCCCGAGCAGCGGAAAUUGGUGUAAUUAGGGGGCGGUUGUCCUGGUACCUUUGAGAUGGUGGGGAUGGCAGAGGUACAGGUGGAGUUAGAAACUUUUAAGCAUUUCACGCCUGUGUAGCUUCUAGAAAUUCUCACUUCACCACCAUUGAUUUUGUUACAAAGAAGGGAAUGUGGUGCCACCUUCAAAGGAUAUGACUGACUGGGGUGGGGUAGAGGGUUUGAAGGAGAAGAUUCCUGGAGGAGGAGGAGGGAGGGAGAAAAUGAAUUUCAGUUCCUCAGAUCUGUGAGGAGAGGGGCUAACCAAAGGUGGGAAACACUGAUAAUGCAGGACAAGGGGUAGGGAUUCAGAAGAGGGACAUGUGCCCCAUCCAGUUCUGGGUGAGGUCCAUAUGUUCCAUGAGCACUCAGUAACCCCUCCUUGUCUGCAGGUUGGCAGGACGUAGUGCACUUGGAAGCAAGAAAGAGAAGAAAGAAACUGCCUGGACCUCUGUGGAUGUAUGUGAGGGAGCCACUGCCCCCAGGACCUCUUUCUGUGUCAAGAAAAAGCAUUAGCAUUAGUAGGAGUGGUGGUGUUUUCUCUGCUGCAGCAAAGCCAGUGAGCAGUAGCGCAAGACUCUGCUUCCCUUUGGGCCAGAGCAGACCUGUUUGGUGCCCAGGUUAAGAGAUUCCCCCAGGCUUUACCAUGGGCCGCACUCGGGAAGCUGGCUGCGUGGCUGCUGGUGUUGUCAUCGGGGCUGGUGCUUGCUACUGUGUAUACAGACUGACCUGGGGAAGAGAUGAGAAUGAGAAAAUCUGGGAUGAUGACCAGGAGUCCAGUGACACAUCAGAGGCUGCAACUGAGACUGGAAAAGGAGUAAAGGCUAACAUUGGGGCAGGGUCUGGGGCCAAAGUUCAGGGUUACUCGAACGCCAAAGCUGAGGUGAGUUUGGGACUUGAGAGUGUUCCAGGUGUAAAAGAGGAGUCCCACUCAGCAUCUCAGAGUGGAGGUGGCCUAGAGGCCAAGGCCAAAGCCCUUUUCAAUACACUGAAGGAACAGGCAAGCGCAAAGGCAGGCAGGGGGGCCAGGGUGGGCACCAUCUUUGGGAACAGGACCCUUGCACCAAGUUUACCUUGCCCAGGAGGCAGGGGUAGAGGCUGCCACCCCACCAGGAGUGGGGCUAGGACUAGGGGCAAGUCAAGUGGAAAAUCCAAGGGAAAGACCCGAAGUAAGAGCACCAGGGCUCCAGCUACAACAUGGCCUGUCCGCAGGGGCAAGUUCAACUUUCCUUAUAAAAUUGAUGAUAUUCUGAGUGCUCCUGACCUUCAAAAGGUCCUUAAUAUCCUAGAGAGAACAAAUGAUCCUUUUAUUCAAGAAGUAGCCUUGGUCACUCUGGGUAACAAUGCAGCAUAUUCAUUUAAUCAAAAUGCCAUACGUGAAUUGGGUGGUGUCCCAAUUAUUGCAAAACUGAUAAAAACUAAAGAUCCUAUUAUUAGGGAAAAGACUUACAAUGCCCUUAAUAACUUGAGUGUGAAUGCUGAAAAUCAGGGCAAAAUUAAGACGUAUAUCAGUCAAGUGUGUGAUGACACAAUGGUCUGUCGCUUGGACUCAGCUGUGCAGAUGGCUGGACUAAGACUGUUAACCAACAUGACUGUGACUAAUCAUUACCAACAUUUACUUUCCUAUUCUUUUCCAGACUUUUUUGCUUUGUUAUUCCUGGGAAAUCACUUCACCAAGAUACAGAUUAUGAAACUAAUUAUAAACUUCACUGAAAAUCCAGCUAUGACAAGAGAACUAGUCAGUUGUAAAGUACCAUCAGAAUUGAUUUCCCUCUUUAAUAAAGAAUGGGAUAGAGAGAUUCUUCUUAAUAUCCUUACUCUAUUUGAGAAUAUAAAUGACAACAUAAAAAGUGAAGGGCUUGCAUCAUCCAGGAAGGAAUUCAGCAGAAGUUCACUUUUUUUCUUAUUCAAAGAAUCUGGAGUUUGUGUCAAGAAAAUCAAAGCAUUAGCAAAUCACAAUGAUCUGGUGGUGAAAGUAAAGGUCCUAAAAGUAUUAACCAAACUCUAAUUUGGAGUCUGUUCCAAACAGUGUGGCAGCAACCUUUUAGUUUGCACCUGCAAACAAUGUAUUUUGUAAAUCUUUGCUUACACUCUGCUCAUGUGGCAAAGAGAUCCUUUCAGCUACUAUUGGAAUAAUGAAUAUCAUAGAUCAUCAACGGUGAUUAGUGCUGGUUGUGAUGGUCUAUUUAGGCUGGACCAUUUUAAGAUGCCAGAUGACUAUUAGAGCUUGUACAAAGAAAGAAUUUGUUGAUUUGACCUUGCUAUGUUGAUUUGAUCUUGCUACUUAAAUUGAGAUAUUUUCACUUUUUUUUUUCUACCUAAACUGACAGCAAAUUAAUUAUACAUCAUAAAUAAGCUAUACUUUUGUAUUGGUUUACUUUUUUUAAUCUAAGACUAUGUUUCAUCAAUAAAGUUGUGUUUUAAGCAGCAGGAAAAAAUUGCCCUUGUUCUUGAGUUUAUGAUCUAUUUGGAAAAGCAAAAUUUAGGGAAACAGUGAUAGUAACAAAACUGAGAGCAACUGAUCGGCUUUAGUGCUCAGAGAGG